CAGUCACAAUCACUACCUUCAACUACUGCAGUGUAGUGGCACUGUCACGUACCUGACCUGCUCCUCUAUCCUAUAAUAUGACCUUUUUAAUAUUAUCCUGGUCUAACAUCUACCAGUUCCUCCCCUGGGGAAAGAGGGGUGCCAUGCUGCUGGUAAAGAAUUCCUGAUUAAAGGAAUUGGAGCUACGCUUCCUUGGAUCCAGCCUGGUUACCUCUCAUUCUCAGGCACUGUACGGCUGCUCCUGGUUUAUCACUUCCCUUGGAAUAUAACAGUCCUACCAGUUCCUGUCCUAUCCUGUCCUACCACAACUCCCUUCUUGCCAUAUCAUGCUACACCCACGUUGAUGUAUGUCAAUGGUACCGUGAGUCUCUAAGCUUGCUGUUUGUGUUAUAGCUGAUGCCUAGUGGUGCUAAUGGUCCUGCUGUAGCCUAUGGUGAUGGCUCCCAAAUUUUCCCCUCUAUAAAGCCUAAACACAAAAUGAAACCUGAUUUGGGCACUAAUUACAAGCGCACAAAUCCCUUAGCCGAGAUAGACUCAAAGUCUCGGAAUAAGUUUUGGGAGGAGCAAGAGGCAGAGGAGAGGAGGAGGAAAACUGAAGAACAACUCCGCAAGGAAGAAGAAAUUAAAAAGCUGGAAAGAGAGCGUAAACAGAGAGAGUUGACUGAUGCUCAGCAUCGUGAACAAUUAACCAGAGAGAGAAAUGCGCGCAUUUUGGCCGAGCGCAAAGCUGAACAAAAUGCCGAUCAUCAUCUUGCUGCUCACCGAGACCAGAAGUGGCAGCAGGAGUUGGAGAGUCAACACCAUGAAGAAGCAGAGCGAGCAAAGCGAGCUGAGAUCAUGAGACUAGAACGCAAAAAGGAAGCAGAAGCCCUCAUUGGUCGACGAACUCAUUCUACAAGAGAUAUGUUUGAAUCUGGAAUCACUAACAACAAGCAGACAACAGAUAGGAACCGUCCACCUCCACGUCGUUUAAAAGAAUUUAAACCUGUCAACAGUCAAACAAGAGAAGAAGGUAAGGAAAAUAAUUCCAGAGCGCCGACUAGAGGGGUAGCUGCUCGUUGGCCUCCAGUUUCGUCAGAGCCUCGAGAACCAGUGGUCACUCCCCCACACCGCAGAGGUGAUGCGAUGUUACCUAUCAUGUCAUCAGAAAAAACUAGCACACCAGCCCAGGAUAUGAUAAUAGCUCAGUCGUCACCUCCAGCACCUCCAGCCAAGCUGCCUCCAGCCUCUCAACACUCCCACACGAAUGGAGAUGAAGCAUCUCAGAUCUAUGAAAACACAGUUGUAGACACAUUCAAGACACAUCAUCAUAAUGGUGCACAAGAAAGGCAUACAUAUGGCCAUACAGAUCACUCAUCUAACAUCAAAUCAUCUAAUAAUGCCAACAAUGCAUAUGAAACGGAUGCCCACCAAAACAGUUCGACCACACCUGGGGCUGCUCCUGGCACCACUCCUGCUGUCGGCAUGGUAUACGAAGUUGAUGGUAUGGAAUAUCAGAUCCUUCCUGAGCAUGGACUGUGUGCCCGAGCACUGUACGACUACCAGGCAGCUGAUGACACUGAGAUUACAUUUGAUCCUGCGGAGAUCAUCACAAACAUUGAUCAAAUAGAUGAGGGUUGGUGGCAAGGUGUUGGCCCUGAUGGAAUGUUUGGGCUCUUUCCUGCAAAUUAUGUUGAAUUGAUUAAUCAAUCACCAGUAUGAACUGUGUUAUUUCCCAAAUGUCUUAAUUUACUUUACUAUGCUGAGGUAAGAAACCAAGCAUUAUUUUGUCAAGCAAAAUAUAUAAUUGGUGCAUUCUGCAGUUGAUGUGUUCCUUGUAAGACAUUAUAUACCUUAGUAUUAAAUCACAUUGCACAUUGAUGGCUGCAUUAAUUGGAUUAAAUUACCAAAAAAAUAUGCUUUCUCGUAGACUUAACUACACAUACGUACAAAGUAGUAAUACUGUAUUUUCACUUAUGCUGAAUUAAUUACUUGAGCUAACAUUACUCUUAGCAAAAUUCAUUGCUAAUUUACACAUACCAACAAAGAAUCAAAUUAUUAAAACUUUUGUUAGUGUGACCUUGUGCAUCUGUAAAUACAGAAUUUUAAUUAAUGUAACAUGCACAGAACCUAGAAGUAUACUGUACUACCAGCUUACAGCUACCUAAAAUGAUGUAGGUUCAUAUUUGUGUAGUUCACACUAACUAUAAUUUGUCUUGCCUCAUUGUCCCUUCAACUGCACUUUUAAUGAUCACAAACAGUACAUGAUAACUGCUUCUUCACAUUUCAUGACUGUCUUAAUUCACACUGUUCAGUUAAUUUAUACCUAUUUUAAUGUCAUGAUAGAGAGAUUUUGGUAAUUAUUAGGUAACCCUUCUACAUCAUAUUAAUUUAUUGUUUGUUGGGUAUUUUGAAAUUGCUGAACUUGAUUUGUUCAUAACUGGAGAAUUAAUUAAGGCAUUUUGAUACUUGCAUGACUUUCUAGCUUCGUACUUUAAAAGUUGUAACAAGUUUAUUGCAUUGCUUUAAUAUUUUACAUUUACAUUAGACACUUUUAGACUUUCUAUAAAGUGCAAUAGCAAGCAUCUACAUAUCCUGGUAAUUACUCAUUAAAAUCUGGGGAAUGGUGAGGUGAAAAAUAACACUUUAUCAAUGGCACAUUAUUUUUUGAUUCACUAAGAUUUUGUAAAAAAAUAAAAAAAAAACUUGGGAAAAGAUUCACUUGCAUUUCAGUCAGUUAUGCUUACUGAAGACUAGGCACUAGAUAUAUUUAGUUCCAAAUUUGUGUUUAAGAUGUAUAGCCCAGUGAUUGUGACCUGUUAAGACUAGUAUAUUUUGAUAGCACCCUAGUAUUUCCUAGCUGGAAAUAAACUACUACAGUAGCACCUAACUAUGUUUCACCAAAAGGGGCAUAUACCUCCAUGUUAGAGCUUUAUGCUAUUUGUAUAUUAUGUCCACAGUGUGGUUGUGGAAUGCUGUGGGUUAUUUCACCUGGAGAAAGCUUUGAACUAAUAAAGUCCUGUCUGUUUUCCUUAAUCCUGGUGUGGUUGAAGGUGAACUGCUUGUGCAGGAUUUUUCCAUUUAUUCAAUGGUACUUAAUUUUGUGCAAGGGUAUUUGGGUAGUUUGUAUUGUUAAAAUCACCAUUGGAAGUCUUUGUACACAGUGGAUGUAAUAUAUAGUGUGUAGGUCUGCUACCAGACAACAUUUUUAUACUUCACCAGUGACCUCUUGAUUGUUAAUAGAAUGAUGUUGACAAUGUAAAUUACUACUUCUUUGCUGAAGGUGCAGGAAAUUUUAAAACUAAAUACAUUUGUUUGAUAAUAUACAUAAUUGAAUAUUUCCUGAACUUCUUGAGGCAAGGGUUUUGCCAGUGGUAUUUAAAAAUUAUAUUAGUAAGGAAGAAUUAGAUGCAUUAUAAAGGAUGCGUAAUAAAAGGUGUAUCAAAAUAAUGGGACACUGAAGAAAUUUAUCUUAAGGAGCAUGUUCAGUGAUACAAUAAUUUACCAAAGUUACUAACAGAUCUUGCUGAGUCUUUCCUCCUCUAUACAUUGCAGUUAGGUUAGCUUAAUUACUAUAUUUUGUUCAGUGAUUUUUUUAUUUUUUACAAAAUUAUCAUUGUAAUCCCUCUCCAGUAAGAACUGAAACAAGCCUCAACUCAUUCAUCCCAAACCCUCAUUUUAUCAAGUAAAAAUAUGCACCAUAAGCCUAAUGAUAACUGAAGAACCCCAGUGCAUACAUUGUGAUGAAAUGUAUGCAGAAUAAUUGACCCAAUGCUCUUGAUAUGUCAAUUGUUGUAUAAAUAAGUUUUACUGUCAGAUUGUUACAUUAACGUGAAGCUCUUAAACCUUUGUGGAUUAUUCAGUGCUGGAGGCUUGGUCAUCUGUCUACUAAUUGCUCAGCCAGAUGUAAUUUGCAAGUUCUGAUUUUUCUAUUUUUAGUCCAUAAGUACACCUUUCACUUACUUUCUUGUGUUCAUAGCUGCCCUCUGCCUCACAGCACUUCAUGACCCACAUGGGCUUGGUGCAUUUCUUUUCAGUAUAAUACCAUUAAUCCAGAGGUAAUUUGAUGGAAUAUUUGACUCUUCUUUUUGCUGCUUAUUUUUGGUUGUGCUUAAUGCGACUCUCUAGUAUAUGAGGCUAUAAUAUACACUGUAGAGUAAAAGUAUAUACUGUGAAUGUAACUGGGUACAAGGCUGUUGAGGCAUCUCUUAACUAAGUGACUUCUUUCUUCAUCAAGGGAUACAAGGAUAAAUUAUCUACUAAUUUUGCUGAUAUUUUCCUGUUAUAAUCAUGCAUUAUAAUGUAUCAUUGAAUCCAAAAUUUUAUUACAAUGUCAGCACAAAUUUUUAAGAUUUAUACAAGGUUACUUUUAUUUUCCUGUUAAAAAAAUAUUUUUAUAAGCCUAUCACAAUAGGUAUGAAACACAACUCAUACAGUCUAAUCCAUAAUACAGAGAGAGAGAGAGAGAGAGAGAGAGAGAGAGAGAGAGAAUGUGUGUGUUUUAUCAGUUGUCAAAGGUACUAGUCAGUAGACACUUGACCUGCUUUGUGUGGGUGUGGGGAGUGGGUCUGUGUUGUGUGUGCAUGCAUGUGUAUGUAUGUGCCAUUCCAGAUGUUCACUGUACAUGUAAUCGUUAUCCAGGAAAAUGUCUAUAUAUUAUGCGCAUGUCCUUGCUGCCCAGGAAAACUGUGUUCCAUAAGUCAUCAAUAACAUUUUAGUGUACAUUCUUCAGUGUUUGCAGGAAUGUAUGAAAAAAAUACCCUAAAUAAAACUUAAGUUCCAAGCAGUAAUUUGUAGCAUGCUCCUUAAGAAAUGUCUCUCUAGAAACAAGUUUUACACUUUUUGUAUAUUAACACAGUUUUAUGACUUUGACAGUGUUGUGGUUUCAUCUUAAGAAACAAUUGUCUUCCUUUUUUGUGUACCAGUAUUAAUGUAAGAAAGUAUUCCAUUAUGGAAAAUUUAAAAUCAAUUUGUACUAUGGUGAGAAAAUUUUCCUAUUCAGAAAGAAAAUUAAAUUUGUACUCUUGCAAUUCUUUGUACGGGUUUCCCCAUGUUUCAUGCGACCUGCUUUAUGUGAACUUAUUAUGUGAUGCCUCUUUUCUAUUGAUAAUUACAUAUGUGCAAUUGACAAUUGCCAUAUGCAAUCUGUGUGGUUCACAAAGUAUGUUUUAAGAUUCUUGUGCAGAAGUCUUUGUCAGUGGCCUCAUUGAGCUUGGUACAGUUGCCUUAGACCAGAAACACCUGUAUAUGAAGGCUCUUACCAUCUCAUUAGGGCAAAAAAAAAAUUAAGGUAAUUUUUUUAAGCCUGACUAAGUCAAAGUAAAUGUGAACUCGGCUUUGUAAAGCUAGUUGUGCAUAAUCAAGAAUGAAAGUUACAAUAUUGUGGCAGGAACAUUUCACAACUAGUCCACAAUUUAGAGACCAUAACACCCUCUAAAUUUUCUAAAUUGUGAGGUAAUUGUGUAAUGCAUAUUUAAUUAUAGAACUUGAGUUAUUAUGUGCCCACCAUGAGAUGUCUUGUGGAAAUAGUGUUGCAAAUACUUGCAUAUCAACAUUUGCAGUAUUCAGGGGUUGUAAUGUUCAGACAGUUUUGAAUAUCCUUAAUUGUAAUUCUUGUUCGAUUUUGUAUUUGUGAAAUAUAAUUAGAAAAAUUGAACGUUGGGACAUAUCAGGGAAUAUUGUUCACUUUUAUAAUUUUGAAUUAAAAUAGUUAUGCAAUUAUACCACAAGCAAUUAUUAUGAGUUCAUAUAAAGUUGUAUGUUUAGAAUUGUUAUCUAGUAAGGUGUAAUUGCAUGACUGAUAAAUGAGACUUGUGCAACAUUUGGGUAGCUUUAUUCUGGAAACAUUUCGCCAGCCAGUGGCUUCUUCAGUCCAGUGCAGAGAAAGGUGUUAGAUAAGGAGUUUGAGGUAAUCAGUCCCUCAGCCUGGAGUCAAUGUGUUCAGUUCAUCAAGAUUGAUGGACUGAACUGGCUAGUAUAACAUUUCCAGAAUAAAGAUAUGUACCUAAAUGUUGUAUAAGUCUCUUAUUUAUCAACUUGCCAAUUUUUUAAACUAUUUAUCCGCACUUGCAUGAUUACCAUAUUGAUCACAAUGUUUUCUUGAUUUUUCCCAAUCUUUAAGUAACUGGUCACUUGCUAUCUUUUAAAGAUCUUAACUCCAUAAUUUGAAAUCUAGUUUCACUUACUUUUGGUUUACUUGGUUUUGAAACUGUAAAGUUUGUAUUACACAUUAGCAUUUACUGUGGCAUGCGAGUGUGUGUGUGCCAGCCACAGUUUGUUCAGCCUAGUGUCAGUAAUGACAUCUAUCAGCCUUGGCCCAACUUUAAUAAAAUUCAAUGGAACAUGUUCA